UGUGCAAGAGACAUCGGCAAAAGUGAGAACUUUGGAGGGUUUGAGAGCACAAAGACGUGUUUCUCUCCUCCUUUUCCUCCUCUCAUCUCUCUCUCUCGAUCGCCCUUGCGCUUGUUUUAGGGUUUUCUAGUAAUGGAGGGUGGAGGAUGGAGGGGAACAGGGCAGGGGGAGGCUGUGGUGGACUCGGCGGCGCCGGACUGGAGGUCCCAGCUUCAGCACCAGGCACGACAGCGUAUCGUUAAUAAGAUAAUGGACACAUUGAAGAAGCAUUUGGUGGUCUCUGCCCCUGAGGGUUGUAAUGAACUUAAGAAAAUUGCUAUGCGUUUUGAGGAGAAAAUAUAUACAGCUGCCUUAAGUCAGUCUGAUUAUCUUCGAAAAAUCUCAUUAAAAAUGCUUUCAAUGGAGACAAAGAGUCAGAAUGCUGCACCAUCUAAUCCUUCAUCAACUAAUCCUGUUGGGAAUCAAAUCACUGCAGACUCAGCAUCACGAGGCAUUCAGUCCCAAAUCAGCAAUCAAGGGCAAUCAAUACCCAUGGUUAAUCAGCCUCUGGCACAGCACACCCUUCUACCUCAGAACAUUUCAAAAAAUGCCCCAUCUACUACCAUACAAAAUUCUACAAGUCUGCCACCUCCAAUGCAAGGGGUUACUCAGAAUGCUAUGUCACAUAUUGGUGCAAAUUCUAACUUGCAGAAUGUUUCUUCAAUGCCCCAGAAUUCCAUUAACAGUAUUGCAGGGCAGGGAGCCACGCCAAAUAUUUAUAAUUCACAAAGGCAGAUGCAAGGUCAAAGACAACCCCCAUCUAUUGUAACCCAACAGCAUCAACAGCCGCCCCAGAAUACUCGUAUUUAUCAGCAGCAACUCCACCAGCAGUUGUUAAAGCAGAAAUCAACUCAUCCAUCACUUGUCCAGCCUCACCCCCAGCAGCAGCAGCAGCAGCAGCAGCAGCAGCAAUCCCUCUUACAGCAAAACCAACUGCAACCUUCCCAGCAGUCUUUAGUGCAAUCCAAUAUUCCAGCAGGCCAGUCUAAUAUUCAGCAGACACAACCAACAAUGAUGCAGACAGUGCAAAAAUCUGGCCUUCAGAAUCAACAGAAUUCAAUGCAGCAGUCAUCUUUGCUUCAGCAGCAUCCGCAGUCUAUUGCAAGGCAACAGCAAUCACAGCCUGCACUUCAUCAACAAUCAACUUCAUUUCAGCAACAACCAUCUGCUGUACCACAACAAUCUCUAUUGUCAUCACAGCAGCAGCAACUAAUGGGUCAACAAUCAAAUAUGUUGGCUAUGCAACAUAAUCAGUUGCUUGGUCAACAAAAUAAUGCUUCAGACUUGCAACAGCAGCAGCAGAGGUUGCCAGGCCAACAGAAUAGUCUUUUGAGUGUGCAGCAACGCCAGCAAAUUUUGAAUCAGCAAUCUAUAUCUUUACAACAGCAGCAGCAUUUAGACACAGAAAAUAAUUUAUCUGGACAGCAGCAGCAGCAGCAGCAGCUUUUAGGUCAGCAGCAGCAGCAGCUGUUACUUGGGUCUCAACCUGGCAUAUCAAGCAUGCAGCCUCAUCAAAUGCUGCAACAAAAUAAAAUUGCAAUACAACGAAGUCAGCAGCCAUCUUUGGCCAUGCUUCAAUCACAGAAUCAGCAGUCUCAGCACCCAGCAGCACAGCAGCAAUUGAUGCCUCAGAUUUCAUCUCAGCCUGGGCAGUUGCAGCAACAGUUGGGAACGCAGCAACAAGCCAGUUCCAUUCAAAGAGAGAUGCAACAAAGGCUUCAAACUUCUGGUGUCUUGCUUCAAUCUCAGAAUGCAAUUGAGCAGCAGAAGCAAUUCAUUCAACCACAAAGAGGCCUUUCAGAAGUCCCCUCUAGUGCCUCAUUGGAUUCUGCUGUCCCAACCAGCAACACAGGUGCAGUUGAUUGGCAAGAAGAGAUAUACCAAAAGAUAACGUCAAUGAGGGACUUAUACUUUGUGGAACUUAACGAACUAUUUCAAAAAAUUUCUCUCAAGUUUCAACAGCAUGAAAGUCUUUUAUCAGGUUCCAAGCAGUCGGAACAUUUUGAGAAAAUGAAGCAUUAUAAAACCAUGCUCGAACGCACACUACACUUUUUGCAGAUUUCCAAGGCCAAUAUUCAGCCUGGUUUCAAGGAAAAGCUCCCCUUAUACGAGAAGCAAAUACUUAGUUUUCUGGCCUCAAGUAGAGGCCAAAAGAUUGCUCCCUCUCAGUCAUCUUCUCAGCCACCAAGCCAACCUUCUGGUGGACAUACUCAAUCCACAUUUCAGCAACGAUCAUCUCAAGUUCCUCAGUUACAACAAAUUGACAAUGUAAACCAGCUCCAACAAAAGAAUUUGCAAGGUUCUGCAACAUCAAUGCAGCCAUCUGCUACCCCAAGCAUGCCACAUGGUUCUUUGCCAUUAUCGACAGCCUCAAUCAACCCCGCACAACAAAGUAUGGUGGCAUCUUCUCAGAAUACCAUGAAUGGGCCUCAACAGACCAACAACAUCCACACUCUGCCUCAGAGUUCCAUCAAUACAUUGCAACCUAAUGUGAGUUCAAUGCAAUUAAGUACCAAUAUAUUGCAGCAACAGCAUUUGAAGCAACAUCAAGAACAACAGCAGCAACCACACCUGAUGCAAAGUCAGCAAUUUACACAAUUGCAACAGCGCCAUACUCAACAACAGCAGAAGCAACAAGUAAUGCAGCAACAACUCCAGCCACCAGCAAUGCAACAACAGUUGCUCCAACAGCAAAAGCAGCAACAAACCUCUCAGUUUUCUGUUAAUCAAAUGGCACAAAUUAAUCAAGUGAAUGAGGAGAUGAAACUUAGACAAGGCGCUGGCAUGAAAUCUGGACUUUAUCAGCAGCAUUUCCAAGCAGGUCAACGACACAAUUUAUAUCAUCAACAGAAGUCAGGUUCUUCUUUGCCUAGUUCAUCUCCUCAACACAUUCAUAUUUCAUCCCCCCAAAUUUCUCAGCAACCAUCCCCGCAAAUUGAUCAGCAAGCUCUCUCAUCUUCUUUUCCAAAAACUGGAACUCCUUUGCAAGCUACAAGUUCACCUGUUGUUGUUGUUCCAUCACCUACUACUGCUAUUGCCCCAUCUCCGGUUCCGGUGGAUUCUGAGAAGCCACUCCCUCAUGUUACAUUACUAACAAACGCUGUAAGUAAUGGACCUCAGCAAACAAAUCUCAACCCAUCACAGUCAUCCAUUGCUGUUGGUACACCUGGGAUAUCAGCUUCACCCUUGCUUGCAGAGUUUGUAAGUCCAGAUGCACAUCAGCCUGAUGGGCCUGUAUUUUCUAGCAAACCAGGUGUGAUGGAGAAGCCUUUAGAGCGCCUGAUUAAAGUGUUACAAUCCAUAUCACCCGAGGUGCUUUGCUCAUCUGUUAGUGAUAUUGGAACUGUUAUCAGCAUGACAGACCGAAUUGCUGGCUCUGCACCUUGCAAUGGGUCUAGAGCAGCUGUUGGGGAGGAUUUAGUUGCAAUGACCAAGUGCCGAUUACAAGCUAGAAACUUCAUGUCACAAGAUGGCAGUGCUAUAGCCAAGAAAAUGAAGCGUCGUCUUAGUGCUUUGCCUUUGACUGUUGGAAGUGCAGAAAAUAGUUUCAGGCAAUCAGAUGGGCACGGCAUAUCCGAAUUUGAGUCAACUGUGACACCUAGAGUAAAGAGGCAAAAAGCUGAGGUCAGUCAUUCUUUACUGGACGAGAUAACAGAGAUAAACAAUAAACUGAUUGGUACAGUUGUCAGCAUAAGUGACGAGGAUGUUGAUCCAGUUGCUGUUGCUAUUGCUGGCAGCAAUGAAGGGACGGUCAUCAAAUGCUCUUACAGUGCCGUGGCACUUAGUCCUAGCUUGAAAUCACAUUUUGCAUCUGCACAAGUGUCUCCGAUCUUACCUCUGAAGCUCCUGGUGCCUCCCAGUUACCCGAAUUGUUCUCCAAUACUACUAGAUAGACCAUCAGUGGAACUAAGCCAAGAUUGUGAAGAUCUAUCGACCAAGGCUAAGUCAAGGUUCAGCACAUCACUCCGUGGCCUCCCGCAACCCAUAUCACUCAGAGAAAUGGCAAAUACAUGGGAUGUAUGCACUCGGAAGGUUAUAUCGGAAUAUGCUCAGCGAACCGGGGGCGGUGUUUUCAGCUCGAAAUAUGGUGCUUGGGAAAACUGUGUGAGUGCUUGAUCAAAUGAUGUUGUAAUUCUUCUAGCAUCAUGUUCAACCAUAUCUCCAGGUGUUGAAGUUUCUGUGAAGCACAAUGAGUUUGUUUGCCAUCAAUUUGUACCCUCCUUGUUAUUUGUUGUUAUAUGUAACAGCCUUGUGAAGUUUCUAUGUAUUUUCUUGUGUAUAUAUUUUAACAGUGGGAUUUGGUAAUGCCCCCUGUUUUUGAACUAUGUGCCCAAAUUGGGCACUUCCCUAAUGUUGUCUUUCUGUUCUGUUUUCUAAUGUUGGUUACUUAUGUACAGAUCAAUUACAUGAUGAAAUGUUUGCUUUUA